AUGGCCCAGCUUAAACUGAACCAGGUCAUGCGAGUCGUUAACAGAUGGAUGGAAAAUCACGGCCUGUCGCUCGCUUUGAGCAAAACAGAGAUCGUGAUUUUGACUAAGAAACGAAAUGACACCGUCGUCCCAUUAAGAGUGGGAGAUGUAACGGUCAAGACCACGCGAGCCGCAAAAUACCUUGGCGUCUUGGUGGACAAUAAGCUGACUCGGAGAGACCAGAUUCUCCGUACAGCGGACAGGGCCUCUAAGAUGGUAACUCAUCUUAGCAGGUUCAUGGCCAACGUCGGCGGUCCCAAGUCCAGCAGGAGAAGACUGUUAAUGUCUACAGUCCAGUCCGUGCUCCUUUACGGGGCUGAGCGUCAAGCGGCGCUCCGGGUAUGUUGCGCCUACCGUACAGUGUCUGAGCCUGCCGUCCUGGUUAUUGCUGGAGUUAUCCCCAUUAAGCUUUUGGCAGGGGAGAGGAAGGCAAUUUAUCAGCGACAAGGCGAAAUCGGCAAGGACACUGCAAGGACUGAGGAGCGCUCUCGUACGUACCAGCAAUGGCAAAACAGCUGGCAACAAGACGCCCGCGGACGUUGGACUGCCAGACUUAUCAAAGAAAUCCAACCGUUGGUAGAACGGCGGCAUGGCGAGGUGGAUUACUACCACACAAUGUUUUUGAGUGGUCACGACUACUUCCGGUCGUACCUACACUGA